AGGAUAAAGACAUAAUUUUAUCCAGCAAAACGUGGUCCUUUGAUGGGCAAUAUCUGCUUCUAAAAAAUUGGAACCCGGGAAAUCUUGAAUUUCACGAGGAGGAGUUGUGCAUCCGAAUUUGGGUUCAAGUUUGGAACUUACCUCUUCAUUGGAUGUCAAUGGAAGCAGGAGCAAAGAUAGGACAGAAAAUUGGCAAGGUUAUUAAUGUUGUUAUGCCUGGAGCAGGGAGUGCCAAGGGCCAACUAAUCAAAAUUCUGGCGGAAUUGAAUUUAAAAGAACCAAUACCGAGGGGCACCAACCUGAAGGUGGGCAGUGAGAACCGUUGGGUGGAGUUCAGGUAUGAGAGUAUCCAAACCUUUUGCUUUUACUGUGGUCUGAUUGGACAUUCCGACAGGAACUGCCAAUUAAAAAAAGAUGAUCUUAAGAGGAAUGUGCUUAAUGUUGGUCAGUAUGGGGAAUGGUUGAGAACCACUCACAUUAAUCUUGGAGAUGGCAGAAAUUCUUAUUCUAAGAAUGCUGACAGUCAAGCUGGUGAGCCUGAGAACCACCAUUGGGCAGUAUUUGUGUAUGCAAGUAUUAAUGUUUUGGAUAGAAAAUGUCAAUGGAACAGUCUGGUUAGGUAUAGUAUGUCUUGGGGUACUUCUUGGUUUUUUGGGAGGGGGGAUUUUAAUGAUAUUCUCAGUAACUCUGAGAAGAAAGGUGGGGCUUUGAGGGAUGAGGCUAGUUUUGAGAAUUUCAGGGGUAUGGUUAGGGAUAUUGGGGCAGUGGAACCUAGGUUUAUAGGACAUCCAUUCACCUGGAGUAAUAACAGAAAAGGGCAGGACUUUAUAGAGGUGAAAUUGGAUAGGUUUUUGAUUUCUCCUGAUUGGAUGGUCAAUUUUCCUGAUGUCCUCAUUAAGCACAUUCCACUGAUCUCUUCUAACCAUAGUAUGAUCAUGAUGGAUACUCUGGGUACCUUUGGAACCCCAAAACACAUGUUCAUAUUUGAUGGUAGGUGGACCAAUUUGGAAGGAUACAAAGAAAUUAUUGAGGAUGCAUUGCAGGAGAGACUGAAAAAUAUCAAAAGAGCCUUAAUCAGGUGGAAAGCUA